AUGAUCUACACGUCUCUCAUCAUACUCCUGGCGGUGGGCGCAGCAGUGUGCUUACCUGAAGUACCCCAGAAUGACCAAAUCCAUCAGGACCCCCUAGCCCUGUCAGAUCCUCUAGCCUUGGAGAAAAGAUCGCCACACUACGACUUCGGCUUAGGCAAACGGGCCUACAGCUAUGUGUCUGAAUACAAGAGACUGCCCGUCUACAACUUUGGAUUGGGCAAAAGAUCCCGACCAUACUCUUUUGGCCUGGGCAAGAGGUCUGUAGAUGACGAGCAGGUCGAGGAGGAGUUCCCCAAUGACGUCGACCAGCGAGGCUUUGCUGAAGCAUUUGAUCAAUAUGAUGAUACACCAGGUUUUGAGAAGCGUGCUCGUCCUUACAGCUUCGGACUUGGCAAGCGAAUGAACGAGGAAGAAAAUACUGAUGACAAACGCGCAAGAAUGUACGACUUUGGUCUUGGAAAGCGACCACAUCUAUACAGCUUUGGUCUCGGGAAACGCGCUAGAAGCUAUAAUUUCGGACUUGGCAAACGUUUGAGCAGCAAAUUCAACUUCGGCCUCGGAAAACGGCAGAGAGACCUCCAUAGGUUUAGUUUUGGCCUCGGCAAAAGAUCAGAGAUUCCUUUCGACGAUAAUGACAAUUACUUCGAUGUU